GUUUAUAGGUACCUACUUUGUGUAUUUAUAAAUCAAAUCAUAGAAAAGGUAAAGGUAGGUACGAUUGAUAUCGUUACCUAGAACUACGGUUGUUUCGAGGUUCUUUUACUAUACUUAGUAUUACUUAGUUUCUGUAAAAAAAUUGCAUUGCAACUGUUUAUUGUACAUAUUUAAAAGCAUCGACGUCAUACCCUUCAAAGUAUCAAUAAUGUCUCAUCAUCAUUGCCAUGGACAUCAUGAUCAUGAUCACAGCAAUGCCGACGAAAUCGGCUUUCAGUAUAACCUAUAUGAAAAAAUUGAUAAGGAAAAUUUACAAUGUUUAAAUGAAACUAUCGAAGGCUCUGGGAAAACUGUUUUCAAACCAUGGGACAAAAGACUAGAUACAACUCAUUUUGUUGAAAGUGAUGCUGAUGAAGAAUUAUUAUUUAAUAUACCAUUCACAGGGAAUGUCAAACUUAAAGGUAUCAAAAUAUCAGCAGAAGAUUCUGACUGUCAUCCUGCAAAGUUACGAUUAUAUAAGAAUAAACCCAACAUGACAUUUGACGAUGUGGCUCUAGAGCCUGAUCAAAUUUUUGAACUGCAGAAGGAUAGUCAAGGCGUUUUGGAAUAUUGCCCCAAAAUUGUCACAUUUUCAUCGGUAUCACAUUUAACAAUGCAUUUCCCCUGCAACUUUGGUGCUGAAAAUACGAAAAUAUAUUAUAUUGGAUUAAAGGGUGAAUGGACUCCAGGGCAUAGACACGGAGUAACUAUUUGUACUUAUGAAGCUAGACCUAAUAUUGAUGACCAUAAACUGAAGCAAUUUGAUUCUGUAACAAGACAAAUUGAGUAAAAAUAUUAAAUUAUUUUAUUAAGUUUCUUUGUAUAUUCAUAAUAAUAUUUUUUUCUUUGUUACCAUAAAUUACUUUGCUAUGUAUCUAUACAUAUAUUUCUCAACUGUGUUUCAUAAUUAUUAUCAUCAAAGUAAUAUUUGUAGGGUCAUAUGCAAAAUAUAAUAUGAUAAUCAUAAAUUUUACUUACCUAUUUAAAUUGUAUUCUUUCACUGAACUGUAGAACUAAUUACUAAUGCAUUUAAUAAUGUACUAAUAUAAAAUGUACACCUAAUACUCUUCUCAUCUAUUUAUACUAUUUAUCUUCCAGUAAGAGUAAGACUGUAAAAUAAAAUAAAUAAGUAAGUACCUAUUUAA